AUCGCCAAUAAACCCAGAAGAAGAAGAAGCAGCAGCAGCAGCAGCAGAAGAAGAAGAAGAAGAUAGCACUGCAUAGCAGACCGCGCUUAAACGGGACGGCAACUUGUGUUCUCGUGUGCUCGUUGAACUGUCUAAAACAUCAAGAUGUUGAAAGAAUUGGUAAGGGAGCGACUCAUUGCUGCCGCUGACGAAAUCUUCGGACUGUUUGAAGGAACGAUCGCGUCGUACGAGGAGCAACUUUGUCGAGCGAGAGAGGAGACCGAGCGACACCGACGACAACUGGAAGCCGUUUGCAAGACCCAAAUUGUCGUACGACUCGAAGACAUCGAGCAGCUGAUUGGUCGUCAGGAAGACCUUGCCCCAGAACCGCAGUGGGGGAGCUCCAGUUUGGAGGAAGACUAUCUGAAGCCCACCCACGUUAAAGAGGAAGAGGAGGAGGCUGGUGUCUGCAAGUUGCCACUGAAUGGUGUCUCCAUGGAGAGUGAAGCCUAUGAAAACCAACCACCUGAAUGGUCACAGUUUUCUCAUCACAGUCCAAGUGGUGACCACUGUGGAGGACCACCACCAGACGACCUCUUAGCUCUACUGUCACACAGUGACGACGAAGAACCUUUGAGGAGCGACACAGACUGUGAAGACGUCCAGCAGCUGAUUGGUCGCCAGGAAGAACUUUCCCCUCAGCCGCUGUGGGGGAUCUCCAGUUUGGAGCUGGAGCAUCUACAGCACCCCCACUUUGAAGAGGAAGGGGAGGAGGCUGAUGUCAGCAAGUUGCCACUUGCUGGUGUCUCUGUGAAGAGCGAAGAAGAGAAAGACGAACCACCUGAGUGGUCACAGCUUUGUCAUCACAGUCCAAGUGGAGAUCACUGUGGAGGACAACCACAAGACAGCCUCUUGGCUCCAAUGUCAGACAGUGACGACACAGAAGAACCUUUGGAGAGCGACGCAGACUGUGAAGGCGACGACAACCCGUCAAAACGUUCUCAAAAAGACGCAACUCCUAACAAGAAAAGUUCUCGAAAACGCCAGAAGUGUCACGCACUUAAAGAACAUUUCAGCUGCUCAGUUUGUGGUAAAGCUUUUACUUGUAAGUCACAUUGGAUGAGACACAAGAAGACACACACAGGGGAAAAAUCCUUUUGUUGCUCAGUUUGCGGGAAAACAUUCUCUCGAAAGGAACAUGUGGAAUUACAUAUGAGAACACAUACAGGAGAAAAACCCUUUCGUUGCUCAGUUUGCGGUACAAGAUUCUCUGUCAAACAAAGUAUGAAAAAACAUAUGAGAACCCACACAGGAGAAAAACCCUUUAGUUGCUCAUUUUGCGGAACGAAAUUUUCAAGAAAUGAAAGUCUGGAAAAACACAUGAGAGUGCACACAGGAGAAAAACCAUUUAGUUGUUCAGUUUGUGGUGGACGCUUUGCUCAAAGGUCCAAUAUGACCAGACACAUGCAGAUACAUAAAAAAGAGUAAAAACAAAUUACAGUAGUCCCCCACAAUACCGCGGCAUCCAAAGUAGACCACGUUGUUUUUAACCCAUUUAAUACCAAAAAACGUAGUUUUAACGUCUUUUAGAACUUGAUCACCUAAUCCCAAAGACGUAGUUUUACGUCUUUGACGUUUUUGUGCGCCACAGGCUUCAGAAGGGGUCUGACGUCACUUCUCACCAUAGGACUAGGCCUGAGAGCAUUUUUAAUCCCCAUAAAAACGGGCACUAGAUGGCAGCAGUGCAUCAUACAAUUUAGAAUUUUGGUAUUACCUACCAAUGUACUACUGCAAAUUACUAAAGAAUGGCAAAAGAUGGAAACAAACUUUUUUUCUGUUUGAGUGAUGGAACUUAAAUCUUUUUUUCGGUGGGUGCCAUGUUUAUAUAGCCAUAGAACACAAUAUACUGUGUUCCUUGAAAGAUCAGUGGAAAUCCUCUAAACUGAGGGGGGUUCUCUUUUCUCUCGUUUUUUUCUGAAGCGUUGUAAAUGCUGUGUUUUGCUGUGCAGUAACAAAUGCAAAUCAUGUUGCAAAGCUGAUUCAUUAUCAAGGUCAUCUUUAUUCAAUUUCCUUAUCUUCACUGGUAAUGAUUUACUUGCGUUGUGCUUCGGGCUUCACAUAGAAUACAGGUGUCAACCUUUUUCCUCGACUUCUGCUUGUGUUGUCCUCCUACAUGAGUGUAGUUAUUUUACUUUUGUGUCGUGUGAUGUAAUAUUGCGCCCUAGUUGACAAAUAGUUAUUUAGAAUUCAGUGGCAGCAAAGCAUUGUUUCAGUUUGUAACAGUAUGUGACGCUGUGUACGUCGGCUAAAGAUCAGGCAGCAAAUUUCUUCAGUUAAUGCUUGCACGUUGGAUACCAUCUGUCUGAAAGUUAAAUUAAGGCCUUUUCACACUGCAGUUUCUCAUGAACAGUGCUUCGAGGUGUAUUUCAGGCUGAGCGGGGAGCGUUGAAAAGGAGUUUGAAAGCCUCCCGCACAGACGUCUCGGUAUAUUAUUUUUCGAGCGGUCCAAAGUUUGGAAUGGUGGGACACCACAAUUAUUAUGCCUUCAUCCAUUUCCCCCUUGCCAUUUACAGUACAACUCCACCAAAAUAGCAGACGGAAAUCACUCCACCCGCUUCUCUCCCAUUGGAGGAGCUUUUUGAUGUCACUGCGUCAAAGCUCCCGAAUACAAUUUUUUUUCUAUCCGAUGAUUCGACGCUGAGCAUCAGGCGCCCUCUGCUUUGGCGCGAUACUCUGCGUUACGUCAAAACGCGCUGACGCCACCUCAGCAUACACACAAUGAACGGGGAAGUCGAGGGCGUCAGACGCCUUGCCAAGUGAAAGCCGUUAGGGUAAAUUUUUCAUGUUGCUUUGUGUAUUACGUAACUUUGUAUUGUUCAUGUUUUCAUGUGGUAGCUUAGCACGUUAGCUAGUUAACUAGCAAGCCCUCGCUUGACUGUAAUCAGAAGUGAUGAUGUUUCCCUUGGAUACUUUACUUGUUCACGUGCUAGAUCAGGGUUACUCAAAUGCAUAUCUUGAAGGGCCGCAUAUACAUUUCGCAAUGAGUCAAAGGUCAUUUUAUUGAGCUUGGUCAGGCCACGUGAGAAUACUGUCAUAUUCAAAACAAAAUGUCCUUUUCAUUCAAAACAGCAACAUUUUGAGAAUUAAAAUGAGUAGUUCAAUUUAAAACAAAACAAGACUACUGUCAUGAAUUCAAAGCAAACAUAUCAGGAGGGGCGUAAGAACGUUUCAUUUUAUGUAUAAAUGCAAAGAACCAAAUGAAAGAAGAAAAGAGAUACUGUAUUUGGGUUUCACAUUUCAAGUGUGUGCAUGCGUGUGGUUUUCUAAGAGAGAGACCAAAUACAGAUUUAUAAGUAAGCCCCAACAGGAUGAAUGAGUGCAUUACAAAUUAUGAAGAACGCUAAGUUAGUAACAUCAAAUAUGUUAAUAUAAAACUUUAUUAAUUACGCUCUUAUUCAGAAAGAAAACACACCCUACAUCCAGUAGGAUCAAAUAUCUGACUCAGUGAUUGAUAGAUGGUAAUUAACAUCACGUAAAACACUCUUAAUAACGCAAUGUGAUGCAACAAGUAAUGGCUAAUGCUAGCAAGACACUCGUGUAUCUUUAGUCACUUUGUCAUUGUCGCACACAGCCGAACUAAAGGAAUAAUCCUGGUAGACAGUGAGUUGUAAUGCAGCCAGCCAUUCACAGUGAUGUCACGCACCAUGCUCAAGACAAAUGAAUUGGUCCGCUUCAAUGACAAAUAAACACCAAACUAAUAAUUGAUUAAGGCACCUUAAUUAUAGAGAUUGACAUAUUUUCCCUAACAAUGAAUGACUUUGAGGCCACCUUUACAGGCUCUCUGUCUAUCGUUUGCAUGGAGACAAGUCCUGGUCCUCAACGUGCUGACCCAACCAAAAGACUUGGUUAAGGUAAAACAAAUUCUGCCUAGCCAGCCCCCUAUACUUUUCAUUAUUGUCUUUUCAACAAAGUGUUUAAUACAACAUGAUUUGAACCAAUACGUGUUUGUAGCUUUAGUUUCACAGUAUGCAAAUUUUAAAAAAUACCCGGGAACGAGGACUCCAAGAAGGAACCAUAUUGUUAUAGCGACCUGCCUAGGUGAGCUGCAAGGGCAGUAUACUAACCAUACAAAUGAAAAACAAAUGCAGGGGAAAUCAUCUAAUAUGAUGUCGCAAUUAUUAGGGUUCCCACAUAGAACAUAUUAAGUAAGAGAUAAAAAGUGUUAAAACUUCUAGAGUGUCAGCCAGAUGCCUAGUCCAUAUACAAAUACAGUGCAGCUCAGCUUCUGGCUAGCAGACACCAUGGUUAGACGCAUGCAGUGACGGUUUCUGAUAUGGGCAGUCGCUCAGGGCAGCAUUCUCUGGGGGUCUACAGUUUAAUGUUUAAACCAGUCCCAGGCUGAUAUUGGCAAGUUACCACUUGGUGUCUCUGUAAAAGAGUGAAGAAGUACUACCAAAGUAGUCGCCAUUUCAUCAUCAAAGAGCAAACAUGUAUCACAUUUGUACGAAAUCAAAACAAACAAGUUAAUUAUGGUUAUGUUUAGGACUAGGCUUGGGGCUUAAGGCGGUUUAGGAUGGGUUAGGGUUGGUGGGAAACAAAGAACCACUUUCCUGAAGGUGCUGUGGCGCUUCAUCUCAUUAAAUGAACUCCUAUGCUGUUUCAACUAACAUUGUACAGCACCAUGAAGUACUUGAAUGUUGCCCCCUGGGCUUCCUUGAAGGGGUAUCCCUUCAUCUAUGGUCUCUGCAGAAGGUUUCUUUUUUCCCCAAAUGGCGGGUUUUGAGUUUUGUCUUGCCCAAUUGGGGUCUUCAUGUCGCUGAUUUGUGUCAGCUGUGGGCCUGUGAAGCACUUUGGCACUUUUGUGAUUAGGGCUACACAAAUAAACUUGACUUAUGUUUGUAUGAUUGUUUACAGCUACCAAUGUAUGUAACACUGUUACUGUCAUGAUAAAUACUGAAAUAUACGUGGGAGGAAACAUUCUUAAUCAUUAGCUUAAAAGUGACAUAUGGUACGUUUAUGUACGUCACUUUUAAGUGUUUGGUGCCUAGUUCCCAAAUAUGUUGGUGUUUAUGUGAAUGAGAUGCAUAACGUUUGUAGAAAGACGCUUUUUAAAAUUCAGUCCAUUUACUUGCAUUAGUUUACAGGACAAAUAUGACACAUUCAAUAUGGCGGACGCGCAUACACAUGGCAGCGCCCGGCCAAUUCGCUCAAGGCAGUAUAUUUGACGUCUAUGCGUGUAAAAUCAUCGAACAAAAAAGAGGAAAAGCGGAAGUUAGCGUAGCAACCCAUACGUCAGUUGGACAAAUUGUUUUCUUGUGGGGUCGCUUAACUGUCUAGAACAUCAAAAUGUUGAAAGACUUGGUAAGGGAGCGACUCAUUGCGGCGGCCGACGAAAUCUACGUGCUUUUUGAACGAACGAUAGCGUCGUACGAGGAGCAACUUUAUCGGGCGAGAGAGGAGAACGAACGACAAAGACAACAACUGGAAGCUGUUUGCAAGACUCAAAUGUUGCUCCGCGUCGAAGGUCUGUUUACUACACGUCUACUUCGAAUGUACACCAUGUUCAUCAGCUAAGAAGAGCGUGCCACACACUACGUCUGCGUUCCCAUCAGGUGACAUUAAAAUCGACAAUUCACAACAGAAUUGAUCUCAGGGGAUUGGACAUAUGAAGGAGGUGUAGAAGCCCGCUCCGCACGCAACAAGAGACAAGCUGAAGACUGUGCGGUGGCCGGCUGCGAUAUAACGUCCAGCAGCUAAUUGCUCGUCAACAAGCACUUUCCCCUCAGCCAUACGGCGGGACCUCCAAUUCGGACCAGCAGCAGCCCCUCCACUUUAAGGAGGAAGAGGAAGAGGCUGAUGUUAGCAAGUUGCCACCAACUGUCAUCUCUGUGAAGAGUGAAGGCGAACCACCUGAAUCGACACAGCUUCAUCGCAGUCCAAGUGAAGAUUACUGUGGAGGACCACCCGCGAACAACCUCUUGGCGCCACUGUCAGACAAUGAUGCUGAAAUGCUCCCCGACAGCGAGACAGACUGUGAAGGUGACGACAAACAGUUGAAACGCUCUGAAGAGAAGACAACCCCUGGCAAAAAGAAAACUUUACAAUUGCGUAAACGUUUUAGCUGUGCAUUUUGUGGUAAGAGUUUUGCUAAAAAUCAACAUAUGAUUAGACAUAUGAGAACACACACAGGUGAAAAACCUUUUCGUUGCGCUGUUUGCGGGAAAACAUUUGCUCGAAAAGAACAUGUGGAAUCACACAUGAUAACGCACACGGGAGAAAAACCUGUUGGCUGCUCAUUGUGUGGUAAAAGAUUCUCUCAUAAGUCGUAUAUGAGAACACACAUGAGAACACACACGGGAGAAAAACCCUUUAGUUGCUCAGUUUGUGGCGAAAGCUAUUCUCAUAGGUCCAGUUUGACUGCACACAUGCGGGGACACAACAUUGAGAGAAUCAUGGUUUUACAGUAAUCCUCUGUUACAUUCCACCAUGUAUUGUUUUUAUCCAAUUGUAUUAUUCUGAAGAACUGUAAACAUGGGCGUGCAGUUCCCUCCAAAUUAGGGGUUGAACUGACUAGUCGAUAAGGCGACUUUACUUCUCCGUGUCAACUUUUAAAACCAGAAGCCAAUUUAUCAGUAAUCAUGUGUUUACGGAGGAUUUUCAAUCCCCAUGGCUGGUGAAAGAUAGUCUGUCGGAUUAUAACUACGAGCAGCCAAAUGUUCGGCCACCUUCAUAUGUCUGCGUGGGUCCGCAAGUUAAAAAAAAAAAAAAAAAAAUGAUGGUUGUAGAUGAGAAUAACGGUUAUCUUCGCAAGCUUUGUUUAUUACGAUAUAUGCCAAUAUUCAUACCAGCCGGACUACGAGACAGGCUGCAAGCAAUGAGGGCAGCAACGUGAAGUGAAGCCACCCCCCCCAACAUGACACUGAGAGUGGCCCCCUGUUGCAACAGCUCUGUUUCACGGUUGAAUUUGAAACUUUUUUUUUUUUUUUUUUAACUGUUAAUAGAUGCUUCGGAAAAGAUUCUCAGAAUUUUAGGUAUACGCUCGGUGGGAUGUUCAUCAAUACAUAUUUUUCCUGUUGACUGUUGUUCUAGCUGUCGCCUUCGUCCCGGUCUCAACCUAGGGGGUAUUCCAGCAAGCAGGUUCAACAUGCUCUUACUCUAAACCUGAGUUUUAAGUUGACUUCCCCUAAACACAAAUCCUGGGAUCAUUUGGGUCCAGAACAGCUGAUCAGAAUCAGAAUCAUCUUUAUUUUGCCAAGUAUGUCUUAAAAACACACAAGGAAUUUGUCUCCGGUAGUUGGAGCCGCUCUAGUACGACAACAGACAGUCAAUUGACAGAGAACACUUUGGAGACAUAAAGACAUUGAGAAAAACAGUCACUGAGCAAUAAAGGGUUGCUAGUUAUCUGGUAAUGCCGGUACAUUUUUUUUUGACAAUUGUGCAAAAGGAUGCAGAGUCCUCUAGCACUUAGAGCAGUUCGAAUGAGCAAUAUUGCAAUAGUCCGGUGCCAUGACCAUUGUGCAAAGGGCGCCGAGACGUCAAGGAGUGUAUGCGGUUUAAAGUGACGAGUAGUGCGAUAAUCUGGGACAAUGUUGGUUGUGCAAAUGUUGCAGAUACUCCUCAGUCAGUGUGCAAAUGGAGCAGAUGCUACUCUGGCAUGAGUGGCCAGUAUUGGUCAACAACAGAUAUGCAAAUAGUGCAGCGUGGCGAGACAACUACAGUGAGUGCACGAGUAAUGUAUAAUUGGCCCCACAGAAACGUGACAACAAGUCAAAAAAUUGCCAGCAUGUUGUAAUGGAAUUGUAGGUUAGGUGUUUAAGAAGUUGAUCGCAAGAGGGAAGAAGCUGUUGGAAUGUCUGCUAGUUCUAGUUUGCAUUGAUCGGUAGCGCCUACCUGAGGGAAGGAGCCGGAAGAGCUGGGGCCUCAUGUACAAAAGGUGCGUACGCACAAAAAUGUGGCGUCCGUUCUUUUUCACGGCAGAUCUAUCAAGAGGGACAUGACCGUGGAAAUGUGCAGUGGUUCACGCCAACUGCAUGGCCGGCGUACGCAUGUUUCUGCAGCUUUUCGUGCUUUGGCCACAGGUGAUGCUGGGAAACUGUUCUCAUAAAUCUGCACACCAGACACUUGAAUAAUUAGCACUGAUGAACAAUUCAUGCCCGGCAACAUUUGAUUUCAACAAUGCAAUUGAGGCAAGGACUGAGAAUUCAUUUGUUAACCAGUGUAUUUAAUGAACCACUGAUAUUUAUAUAUCAAGGCGAUCAGUCGCUUCGUGACUCCAGCACAUGCACUGAAAAAAAGAGUCCUUUGAAUUUACUUCAUUUAAACAUGUACAUCGGUUGCACAUGAUUAAAAUGUGUUUAAAUUGCCAUAAUUUACCCCUCUUCUCCUAAAAAAAAAACAUGAUUUAUUGUCAGUGUGCGUGUCCUCUCCAGUGUAUUAAAAUAAUAAAUUGAGUAAUCAAAAAGGAGUCAAAGUUUUUGAUAUCCUCUUUGAUAUGCUGAUGUGCUUCUAUUUGAAUUCAAAAGAUUUGUUACAAAUACCACACAUACAACAUUUACGCGUGAACCUUUAUCUCACAGGGCUGAGUGCAGGUUACUGUAUGAACAUGUUUGUUGUGAGUUCUAAAAAUAAAUGGCAUUUACCUUGGG